AUGACUAAUCAGACAUAUGAUCAUACUAGUCCAAAUAAUAGUGAAGUUAUAGCUUUACAAGAUAUUUCGAGUGCUUUUGAAAAAGAAUAUUCUGAUCAAGUAGAAUUAUUAUCAAUAUACGAAAAAAAAAGAAAACAUGCUGAGGGAAAAAAGAUGAUAAAGUAUGGAAUGAUGUUAUUAAAG